GCCUAAAGCACUACACAGAACUGGUCACUUGGUAGAGGGUGCUCCUUAACACUACUCUAUCUGAAUGUGCAUGUGUACUGUAUGUGCUACAGGGGAUGAGUCAUUUGAGGAAAAACGAUGUCUCACACUAUUGGAACGCCAGCCACUUCGCCGACAUCUGACGGGAGCAUUAUGAAUUUUGCUUUUACUCAAUCUCUACAAGGGAUGCUGAGGAUUGCUCAAGUGAUGGUGCUUCUGAUCGCCUUCUUGCUUGUGUGCUGUGCUCCGGACUGGCCUGAGCAUUACGCCUUCCGUUUCUUCGAGGUGGUCACCCUAUGGUUCUUCUUCGUCUUGCUCAUCUUCCUCCUCAUGCACAUCUUCAGACUUCAUGGCAAAGUGCCCUACAUUAACUGGGUGUUAACGGAGUUCCUGCACUAUGCUGUGGGGGCACUCCUCAUCUUCAUUGCUUCCAUAGUGGCAGCCGCAAGCAGUUGGGGGCUCAUGUCACUUGUCUUGGGAUCAAUUUUCGGGUUUAUAGGCGCGAUUCUGAUGGCCAUAAGCAUACGGAAGUUACACAAGGUCAUUACUGGUUCCAAGCAAUCAAGUUCAGCAGUUUAGAAGUGAGGCAGUAGAUUUAUUUUCUCCAAAGAUCAUCACUCUGUCUUCAAAUUUCAGACUGAACUGCUUCACUUCAAGUGCCUCAUCAAACACGUGGAUCCACAUUAACCGGGAACAAUGCAAUACCAAACCUGCCCACCAAGCACAGCCCACUGGUUAUCGUGGGUAGUUUUGCUCAUGGCAAAACUAACAUCAGGCAAAAUCAGUAGCUGUUAUAUGGCCUCAAAGCAAUGUCAAAAAUAUUCAGAUUCAUAAAUCAGUGUCUGUACGCUUGUAAAAAUGUUUUGUACUUGUUAAAAUUGUUUAUACUUCUGAGGCUGUAUUUGUGUUUGUAACAUUCAGUCCACUCUCAUGAAAUACAAAUUAUGUCUCCAAACUUCCGUUUGUACCUGUAGCAACUACAGAUUGAAAUUUGCAACAUUCCAAACCUGGGGACUGUUUUCAACGGAACCUCUUUUAUAAAACUUGAUUUACAGUGCUUUUUUGCACAUGGUCUUGAACCACCUAACUGAUUGCCAGCCGAGUAAAGGAUAUAACUAACCAAUCAGAAAUCAAAGAUCUAACCAGCGGGUUCUUACUUCAUCGGAUUUCAAUCGCCAUAGCUAUCCACCAACAGCAAAAUAGGAAAUAGCUAUGCACAAUGGCAAAUGGAAAUGGACCAUGGACAUUGCACCAUCAAAGCUUUCAUUUCAACAGUAUAUUUUCCAAAUGUUACUAUCAAGAUUUGUGGUUCUACUGUACUUGAAACUAGCUAAUUUAUAUAUUUUUAAGAGUGCAAAACAUUUUACAAGUGUAUGGAGGAUUAUACACCAGUAUGAAUAUUUCUGGCUGGUUUUGAAGCCAUAUUCUUGCUUGGUUUGGAAUUUUAUUCCUGAUUUUUUGGUGGGCUAAUGUUUGAUUUGGUUGCACUGUUGUAUAAAAAAGUAUUUAAAAAACAAAUAAUAUAAAUAAAACAGAAUUAUCACAAUAUUA